AUAUACAAUAUUAUAUAUUAGUUGUUGCAUUUAUAUUGGUUGGUUUUUAAUCAUGAGUAGUUAUUGAAAAUAAAUAAACCAGCCAAUAUAAAUAUAAUACUUAAUAAAUAAUAUUACACGUCAUUAUAUAAUUUAAUUUGUGACGACGUAUUAGAUUUGAUCUAUUUAAAAAUUUCUCAUUAUGUAUUAUAUAUAGUAAAAGUUAGAAAGAAAAAAGAAAAAGAAGGUAAGAAUUGUAAAAGGAGUUAGAUUUUGUAGUAGUAAAGUCGGUUAUAGAAAAAGAAAGAAAAAGACGAGAGAAGGAGAAAAAGGAAGAGGAGAAAAUGGAAGGGGUUUAUGCAACAAGGAAGAAGAGUGACGUAAGGGACUGGGGACAACCAUCAACCCAUGCGCAAUUGAGCGGUCCCUUACUUCCUUCUUUUAUAUUCUCUCCCUUCUUCCCUCUUCUUUCUUUCGUAUUCUUCUUCUUCUUCUUCUACAAUUCCUUUUUGUCAUCUUCUUCUUCAAUUUCUUCUGUCUUUAUACCUAUUAAAAAUCGUACCCACUUCGACACCAACUCCAUCUUCCUCAGUACCAGCUGUUAUGAUGGAGCCAAUGGAAUCGUGUGUCCCACCUGGAUUUAGGUUUCAUCCAACGGACGAGGAACUUGUUGGGUAUUAUCUAAGAAAAAAGGUUGCAUCUCAAAAGAUUGAUCUUGAUGUUAUUAGAGAUAUUGAUCUUUACAGGAUUGAGCCAUGGGAUCUACAAGAUAGAUGCGGGAUCGGAUAUGAAGAGCAGAACGAGUGGUAUUUCUUUAGCCAUAAAGACAAAAAGUACCCAACUGGGACGAGGACUAAUCGAGCUACAAUGGCUGGAUUUUGGAAGGCGACAGGAAGAGAUAAAGCAGUGUAUGACAAGACAAAACUCAUUGGCAUGAGGAAAACCCUUGUCUUCUACAAAGGAAGAGCUCCAAAUGGGCAGAAAACUGACUGGAUUAUGCAUGAAUACAGGCUCGAAUCCGACGAAAAUGGUCCUCCUCAGGAAGAAGGAUGGGUAGUUUGCCGCGCAUUCAAGAAGCGAACUACUGGGCAAAACAAGAGCAUUGAAGGGUGGGACUCGAGCUAUUUCUAUGACGAAUCAAGUGUUGUUAGCUCAGUUGUGGAUCCAAUUGAUUAUAUAUCAAGACAGCCUCAGAAUUUCUUGGCACAGAAUUUCUUGUGUAAGCAAGAGAUAGAAGCAGAUAACUUAAGUUUCAUGCAUGCUGAUAGUUUUGUACAGCUUCCUCAGUUAGAGAGCCCAUCUCUGCCAUUACUGAAGAGGCCAAGCUCAUUAUCUUUGAUAUCGGAGAUUAACAAUAAUAAUAAUAAUGAAAAAGACGAGCAAGCUAGAGGGUGCAGCAGCAACAACAACAACAACAUCAACAACAAGAGAGUUACUGAUUGGAGAGCUCUUGACAAAUUUGUUGCCUCUCAGUUGAGUCAAGAAGAUAGAUAUGAUGGUGAUGCAGCUUCAAGCUUUGGGGUAGCAGAAAAUAAUACAGACAUGCAACUGCUGUUAUUGCAGAGUGGUAGAGAUGAAGAAGGGAACAAGUUUAAUGGAUUCUUAAGUUCAAGCUCUGAUUGUGACAUUGGAAUUUGCAUAUUUGAGAAAUGAAUUGAAAGGAAAGAGGGGAGUUGAUGAAGAGGUUUUACUUAAUUGUUUGUACUACUAUAAUGUUUGACAUAUAUAUAUAAAUAUUCUUGUAAAAAUAUAUGGUUGUGCACGAGUGGAAAAUUCUCUGAGUCUCUCCCUGAUUGAGAAAAUUAAUAAUAGUACCUAGCUGUUCUUUUCUUUAAUAAGAAAGAAUGGAGUCUCCUGCACUGAGAGAGAGAGAGAGAGAGAGAGAGACCAAAGGCUAAGCAUGCCUUUACUUGGGAAAGGAGAUUCAAAUUUACGAUCAUUGAUACUUUAUGAAUUUGGAGGGUACAUGUGUUCUUCUUCAUGUACUUGAUUUAUUCUAAAUGAAUUAAGCAGCAAGCUUAAUCCAA